AUGGAGUCCUUCAUGCACGUGUCCUUGUUUGGUUGGGCCGGCAAACGGACCAUGGGACAAGACUAUAGUUACACGCAGCCUUCUUCAUCAGAAGAGUUCGACAUGAACUCCUUACUUGAAGCAGAGGCUGCUCUUUAUGCGGAUGAAGGCGAUAGAAGAGUUUCAGAGGAUUUGAACAUCAGUGUCUGA